GAGCCGCUACAACGUGGUCCAGAAGCGCGCCAUUUGCGCUCAAAAAGUCACUCAUUUUCUGCCACGGGCUCAGAGCAAUACUCUUUGAAAAACCGUUAAGAUCGAUCCAAGGACAGCUGCUGCGUUAAAGUCAUGGGAGAUAAAGUUUUAGUCAUUGGCGGAGGAGGAAGAGAGCAUGCUAUUGCAUGGAAACUCGCCCAAUCAAAUCAUGUUGGUAAAAUAUUUGUAGGACCGGGAAACGCGGGAACCGCGGGACUGACGUCGAAAAUAGAGAAUGUUUCUCCAUCAAAACUUAACCAAAACGAUAAUGAAAGCAUUGUGAAGUACUGCGUUGAUAACAAGGUGGAUUUUGUUAUAAUUGGGCCCGAAGCACCACUGGCCAAUGGCCUCGGCGACGCUCUAAGGGACAAUAACAUUCCAUGUUUUGGUCCAAGUCGCGCCGCGGCUAGAAUCGAAUCUAGCAAACAUUUCGCGAAGGGUUUCAUGCAAAGACACAACAUCCCUACAGCUCGUUGGCAAGCUUUUACGGAUCCUGAAGAAGCGUGUAAACAUAUUGAGUCGGCUGAUUAUGAUGCUUUGGUGGUGAAGGCAAGUGGUCUGGCGGCUGGAAAAGGAGUCGUUGUGGCAAAUAGUAAAGAACAAGCUGUCACAGCUGUCAAGGAGAUGCUACAGGUAAUUUGAUUACCUGUUUUAAAAAUGAGAAGGGAGAGAGAAACGAGGAGUUGGCACUUGCAUUAAACCCAGUGCAUUCAAUAGAGCAAAACUGAACAAUAAUUCAGUCGAGCCCUAUUGGCAAAAAUAAUUCAAUCGAACCAUUGAUUCAGAUUACCGGUAAUCCCUUUGACUGAUUUAGCCAGUUGAUUUCAGCCAGGUUUAAUAGUUAUUAAUUAUAAAUGCAAUCAUAAUUAAGCUUUUUGGUAAGACUGAUUACUAAACACAAUCAAACUUAAUCAGUUGAUGAAUCAGUUUGAUUGGUUUGUUUGAGUCUUUUUAAAAAAGGAAUUAUUAUUGAUUGUUUGAUUACAAUGUAUUUUUAGCAAGAAAUUCUUUCUUUAUCAUAAUUUUUAUUUUGACCUUUAAAGAUACAUUAACUCCUCCACUGAACCUCCUUCUACCACUGUAAUGAUGUCUGGAACUAUGGAACUUUGCCGUGGUGGGCAUAUCAAAAACGCUCACCUUCAUUCGUCUUUUUUAGUUUUAACACAAUUCACUUGAAAUUUUUAAACAAUAUAGAACUCACCAUUCCAAAAAACGUAUGUUUUUUGUUUUUCAGAUUUUGAAAUUUUUGGUAGGAAAAUGUCUUCUCAAAGUUCUCACCAAAUUUUGUUCUUAGUAUAAAGGGAUAUCUACAGAUGGUUUCUGAAAGAAGUCAUCACAAUGUAACCGAGCUCGAUAAUUAGCUCACAAAGCAUUUUCUUUUCGGUAUUAUUUUUGCGGUUCCGUUUAUCGUUUUCCCACGGUACGCGUUUCUUUAGUUGUGCUUUGUGGUUAGCCGUGUUUUAUCUAGCUCUGUGAUUUCUCCGCCUUUACACCCAUAAACAGGAAAGAAAUUAAUUGAUUUUAGCUCGCUUUAAUUUGCCGCCAUUGCUGUAGUUAACCGCGAAACUCUCCAUUUGUUUCCUCCUAUUGUAUUAACAGAACACAUUAUGUAUUCUGCGGUAAAGCGAUAAUAGUGUUUUACAAACAGGCGUAUUGCCAAAAGGAAGAUUUCACUGUUUUGUGGCUUACCUAGCUAUAGUUGUCCAAUAGUAUUGCUAAUAACAGGAUGCGAGCUGUUUGUGUUCGGCGAUAUAAAUAUCGCCUGCGUAGCGUUUCUACGCAUUACUACAGUUCCAGUUGCCGCGUUCACUAGUCAAGCCGUGGGACAUAGUUUUGUAGAGUUCUCCCUCGCUGGAGUGGGUAAGUGUUCUCCUUUUGCUGUUUUCCUAGGAUGUUCUUCGUUCUCCUUCGAGGUCAUCGUGUUUAUGAAACGUCCAGCGACCGUAGUAUUACUUUCGUGUUGUAGAUUUCAUCGUUUCUUGGUUUUGUUGUUUUCCGCUGUUGUAUCGAGCACUUUCGCUCUGAAAUCAUUGUCCUUUAGUUUCGUAGCCGUUGUUAUUCCUUUAGCGUAGUGUUUUGCUUAGUUUUGCCACCGUUUUGUGCGAGAUCGUAGAUCACAACCUUUCAGUUUGACCUCGUUUAGCUUGUGUUUUCUUGUCCUCGUAUGAUAUGACUCUUGACACGAGUCACGUGCUAUUUGUCACGCUUGUUCUUCUUUCGUGACCUAGCAUGAUGUUUCCUAGCGUGUUUUGUUUACUUUUCACAUUUUAGUGUAGUUUUAUUCUCUUAGUUGUAUUGUUUAGCCGUCGUAGUAAUUUUUAGCGUCGUUGUUUCCUUUUAGCGCUAUUGCCCUUUUCAUCGCCCCUUUUCUUUCCCUUUUUGUUGCUUUAUUCGUUUUCCUAGUAUUUGUUUUUUAUUGUAUUUCUUUCCCACUAAUUGGCCAUUAAAUUCUUGUUUGUUUUGUACGCAUUUUGUCUUUCAUUGGUUGUCAUUCGCUACCUCCCCUACUCGCGCGGCUCGGUCACAUUUUGGUACCAGAAGUGGGGUAGCGAAUAUUAUUUGGCUUCCAAAAUCUUAGAAAUACAAUAAAGCACUAGGAGUAGAAAAGGGCAAUAGAGGUCACAUCCCAUAUGGAGGGUGAGGUGGAGCAACUCAAACAGAAGCUCCAAAAAUUGGAGGAGGAACACAACCAGACAUAUCAACUCCUGAAAACCCUCCAAGCUAAGGAAUCCCCAGGAGCUCCAGCCCCAUCCAAACCCCAGGAAAAGCAGUUAGUGGUGAUCCCCAAUGAACAAAAAUUGAAGAAGUUUAAUGGAAGACAUGGUGAUAACGAACUGUCCAUAGAGGUUUUAUUGAUAAUGCGAAAAGCGCAAUCACCUCAAGAGGACUCCCCCUCCCAGAGCAGGCGAAUUUUGUACUCUCAUACCUAGAGGGCCCCGCUAAAGAAGAAAUGAAGCUCUACCCUAAAAGUGACCUUACGAAUUCAGAUAAGAUCUUCGACCUCCUUCAAGAGUCUUUUGGCGAGAAGCAUUCUGUUCCCCAGCUCUUAAAAGCUUUUUACGACCGCCGACAGAGGGAAGGUGAAACCCUUCGUGCAUUCUCCCAUGCCCUGAGAGAACUGCAAGCCAAGAUACAAAAGAAAAGUGUGACCAAAUCAAGUGGCCAAGACGCAGCCCUUGAGACCACUUAGCCGAAAAUGUUAGAGAUCCCUCCUUGAAAGGAACUCAAGAAGUUUAUUAGAACCCACCCAGAAAUUUCCUUUCUAGACACCAGAGAGGAAGCUAUUCGAUGGGCGAAGAAGGCGAGAAGUCCUGUGGACCGCGCCCCAGGGUGGCUUCGGCCGCAUGAGACCAGUACCUCCACUAAGCCCUCUUCCAUUGAAUCAGCUAUGAAUGAGAUGAUUAAAACCUUGCAAGGCCAGCAAAAGGCUAUCGAAGACCUAGCAGCCAAUCUCAAGAAGCUGAAUACAGUGCCCACCCACAGAGGACAGAAUAUACAGCCUCAGCCCCAGUUCCAGCAGCGUCAGCCUAGACCUGGCGAGGUGGCGACAGGUGUUAUCAGUGUGGAGCACCAGGACACUUUGCCCGGAAUUGCACAGCACGGUAGACCCCCCCCCUCCGGAACCUCACCCCAGGCCUCCACCUAACCCGUCAAACUAGCCCCCCCUGCUGCUGAGAGUCAGGCAGCAGGAGGGAACAGUCCUGGCUCACCUUGUCCCCACAGUUACCUGGAAUUGUCUAUGAGAGAGCAGUUGGAAGUUGUCCAGUCACUACUGUGAAGCUGGGGGAGUACAUGUACGCUGUCUUCUUGAUUCUGGAUCACAAGUCUCCACCAUCACUGAGAGUUUCUUUAAUAAGCACUUCCGCCCCUAGAAGGAGCAAACUGCUUGACACAAACCAAUGGCUUACCCUUACAGCUGCUAAUGGCCUGGAAAUACCAUACAUUGGUUACCUGGAACUAGACUUUGAAGCACAAGGUGUAACCAUCCUUCAGAGAGGUAUUCUCGUGGUACGAGACCCCCGGAUCCCCAGUCAAGAGCCCGUAAAGAAGCUGUGCCAGGUCUGAUUGGAAUGAACAUUAUACAAAGAAUGAAUCAAGAGAUUAAAGAACCCAAACUCCUAGAAGACUCUGCUUGGUCUAAUACACUCCAAGUUGCAGGGAAAGCUAUGACGCGUCAGUUAGAGGAGGAUUUAUGAAGAUUGCAGGCAAAAGCGAUGUUAGGAUCCCAGCUGGAAUGGUCACAACUGUAGAUGCCACUGGUUAUCGAGGAUCGCAGCCUGGUGAAGAUCCAAUUGUCCUUAUCGAGCCCCUAAGAGAUUUGUCAUGUCAUGGACUGGUAAUCAUGAGCACCCUCUCAUCAGUCAGUCGUGGACGUGUCAAAGUACAAGUUGCUAACAUAGCACAAGAGGACGUUUGGCUUCGCCCCGUGAGAGAAUUGGUAUAAUGCAUGCAGUAGCACGUGUCCAGGAUGACAACCAGGCAGUUACCUUCACACAAGUCUCUGCCAGUGAAGUAGUCAUACAACCCAAGCCGAAGAAUCCCCAAGAAAGAAGAUUCCCCAAGUCUACACCCAUUCCCCUGAAGACAUGCAUUGCACCCCUGAGCAGCAAGCAAAACUUGAUGAGCUCCUGGCCAGGUACAAGGACAUGUUUGUUACUGAUGAUGAUGAACUAGGCUACACCGAAACAGUAAAGCACAAGAUAUUCACCACAGAUGACAUCCCUGUAAAUCAGCCUUUCCGAAGAAUACCCCCCGGUCAGUACCAAGAAGCAAAAGAACACAUUCAGAAACUCCUAAGUCAAGGCAUCAUCCGAGAGAGCCACAGCCCCUAUUCCUCCCCAAUAGUACUUGUACGGAAGAAGAAUGGUAGCCUCCGCAUGUGUGUGGAUUACAGAAAGUUAAACGCAAAAACAGUUAAAGAUGCUUAUCCCUUACCUCGGAUUGAAGAAUCCUUCGAUGCACUGCAGGGAGCAAGCUGGUUUUCUACCCUGGAUUUGGCAAGUGGUUUCAACCAGAUAGGAGUAACUGAAGAAGACAAAGCGAAGACUGCAUUCAUAACCCCCUUUGGUCUGUUUGAGUACAACAGGAUGCCUUUUGGACUCUGUAAUGCACCUGCGUGUUUUGCUCGGCUUAUGCAAGCUUGCCUAAAUGAGCAGAUCUUCCAGAUUCUGCUUGUUUAUUUGGAUGACAUCCUGAUCUUCUCGAAAACCUUUGAAGAGCACCUUGAGAGACUAGAAAUGGUCCUUAAACGCCUGAGAGAACACGGUUUGAAAUUGAAGUUGGAAAAGUGUACCUUCCUGCGUAGAAGAGUAACCUACCUGGGACAUGAAGUAUCCGGUGCUGGUAUUGCCCCAGACCCCCAGAAGAUAGCAGUCGUACAAGAGUGGCCAGUUCCCCAAACUGUUAAGGAACUCAGAACCUUCUUAGGCUUUGCAAGUUACUAUCGAAGAUUCAUUGAAAGCUUUGCCAAGAUAGCAGGACCCCUUCACCAGCUAGUGAACAAUUCACUUCAUGAACUCAAAGUUAACAAGAGACUUUUGUGCCCCUUUAAAGAGAAAUGGAACCAAGAGUGCCAAGAAGCAUUUGACAUCCUGCGUGAGAAGCUCACAACUGCACCAGUACUUGGUUAUGCAGAUUACACCAAGCCUUUUAUUGUGGAGACAGAUGCUAGCCAUGAUGGACUAGGAGCUGUGCUAUCCCAGGAACAAGAUGGUAGACGUAGAGUUAUCGCUUAUGCAAGUCGUCGGCUCAGACCUCCAGAGAAAAACAUGCAGAAUUAUAGUUCCCGUAAACUAGAGUUACUAGCGCUGAAGUGGGCUAUCACAGAGAAGUUCAGAAGUUACCUGUUAGGAACAGAAUUCGUGGUGUACACAGACAACAAUCCCCUAAGUCACCUUCAGUCAGCCAAGUUAGGAGCAGUGGAACAGAGAUGGGCAGCUGAAUUAGCCUUGUUUAACUUUAAGAUGAAGUACCGCCCUGGUAGAGCUAAGGGGAACGAGAUGCCCUUUCAAGAGUAGCACGUGGAAAUCAUUUAAAAGGAAAUCCCGCAUGCUGACGAUUUAGCUGAGAUUCAGUUGGAAAACAUUAGCGUCACGCAAUCCACCCCAGUUCCAGUCGAGCUGAGAGAGUUGGUGACGACCUACACCUCCCAAGAACAACUGAGCACAAGUACCCCAGAGACAACAUUCACCAGCCUACCCUCUCACAGUCCAGCUGAGUUACGAGACAUGCAGAUUUCAGACUCCGUCAUCAGUCGCCUCCACUACUACAGGCAAACCAACCGCAAACCCACCCCCCAAGAAAGGAGAGGAGAAACACGAGAUGCUGUUACGUUGCUCAACCAAUGGGACAAGGUUGAAGAGGAAAAUGGCAUACUGUAUCGAGUCAUUCAAGAUCCCCAUUAUGCCAACGAAAACAGUUGAUCCUUCCCCAGAAACUGAAAGAGAAAGUACUUACCAGCCUACAUGAUGGUAUGGGCCACCAAGGGACCGAGCGAACAUUACAUCUGAUUAGAGACCGUUGCUACUGGCCGGGAAUACAUAGCGAUGUAGAAGCAUGGAUAAAGAAAUGUGAAAGAUGUACCUUGUCGAAAGAACCAUUACCACGUGUUAGACCAGCCAUGGGACACCUCUUAGCUACUAAACCCUAGAAGUUCUUGCGAUCGACUUCACAUUGUUGGAACCAGCCACAGAUGGCAGGAGAACGUGUUGGUGAUGACAGAUGUUUUCACAAAAUUUACACAUGCAGUUCCUACCAGAGACCAGCGGGCGAGCACCACAGCUAAAGUACUCCUUAAGGAAUGGUUUUUAAGUAUGGUGUCCCUCUGAGAAUCCACUCGAUCAGGGAAGAAGUUUUGAGAAUGCAGUGAUCACCGAACUCUGUAAGCUGUGCGACAUUAAGAAGUCGCGUACCACUCCUUAUCACCCGCAAGGCAAUGCCCAAUGUGAAAGAUUUAACAGAACCAUGCACAACCUGUUGCGUUCUCUACCACCAGAAAAGAAGAGAAAGUGGCCAGAGUACCUCCCAGAACUUCUUUAUGCCUAUAAUGUUGUCCCUCAUGCAUCCACCAGCUAUUCUCCCAGAUUACCUGAUGUUUGGCCGUAACCCCGCUUACCACUAGACCUAAUGCUUGGAGCAGGCGAAAAGGAUCCACCUGAAACAGACUGGCUAGCCUCCCACCAAGACCGCUUACGAGAUGCUUACCUCAAAGCAGGGGAGCACCUCAGACAGCAAGCAGAUGCACGGAAAGCCACCAGCGACAAGAGUACCAAUGACCAGCCAAUUGAAAAAAGGCCAGUUUGUCUACCCACGCAGUCAUCCCGAGGCAGAAACAAGAUACAGGAUGCUUGGGAUCCCACCUUGUACAAAGUUCAAGAGACGCCAGGACCUACAGGAGCUGUUUAUACAGUUGCUCCAGCCCAUGGAGAUGGACCCAGCAAGAGAGUAUAUCGGACCCUGAUGAGACCAUGUCACAGGCAGGUACAGCCAUGCCUUGACACCAACCCCAUUGUACCGACAGAUUUGAUUUCCCCAAGAGCGAGACAUAAUGGAGUGCCCACUGAACCCCAAGACGAUGAGGAAGAGAUAAUUGUGAUGAGAAGACGCCCCCAUCCUGUAUUGAACACAGCACCUCCAGAACCCUGUGAGCCUGUGAACCCCCCGGAAGAAUCGGAAACCAGUGAGCCCCCAGUUCCAGAAAUGCCCAUUGAAGUGACCCCAGGAGAUCAAGCGCCCUAUGCAGAACCUGAGAUUGUUGAACCUGCCGUUCUAGUACCCCCAGUUGCAGAAACCCCCGAAGAACCAGUUCAUGUGGGACACCCAGCCCCAGAGCCCCCUGAAGAGACGACCCUGAGACGCUCAACCCGGACGACAGCAGGACAGCAUUCUAAUCCCCAUAGAGCCCCAAGAUCAGCAGUAAAUAACUCAGUGACAUUGACUGUUAAAGACUUUCCAGUAUAUUUCAUUUUGUUAUUCUGGUUCUUAGCAUAUAGCCUUUGGUAAAACGAGUUUGUUAGUUUAAAUAAGCAUUGUUGUGGUCUGUCGAGGACGACGACCUAAGCAGGGGAGAAAUGUAACCGAGCUCGAUAAUUAGCUCACAAAGCAUUUUCUUUUCGGUAUUAUUUUUGCGGUUCCGUUUUAUCGUUUUCCCACGGAUGCAGCGUUUCUUUAGUUGUGCUUUGUGGUUAGCCGUGUUUUAUCUAGCUCUGUGAUUUCUCCGCCUUUACACCCAUAAACAGGAAAGAAAUUAAUUGAUUUUAGCUCGCUUUAAUUUGCCGCCAUUGCUGUAGUUAACCAUGAAACUCUCCAUUUGUUUCCUCCUAUUGUAUUAACAGAACACGUAUGUAUUCUGCGGUAAAGCGAUAAUAGUGUUUUACAAACAGGCGUAUUGCCAAAAGGAAGAUUUCACUGUUUUGUGGCUUACCUAGCUAUAGUUGUCCAAUAGUAUUGCUAAUAACAGGAUGCGAGCUGUUUGUGUUCAGCGAUAUAAAUACGCCUGCGUAGUGUUUCUACGCAUUACUACAGUUCCAGUUGCCGCGUUCACUAGUCAAGCCGUGGGACAUAGUUUUGUAGAGUUCUCCCUCGCUGGAGUGGGUAAGUGUUCUCCUUUUGCUGUUUUUCCUAGGAUGUUCUUCGUUCUCCUCUGAGGUCAUCGUGUUUAUGAAACGUCCAGCGACCGUAGUAUUACUUUUCGUGUUGUAGAUUUCAUCGUUUCUUGGUUUUGUUGUUUUCCGCUGUUGUAUCGAGCACUUUCGCUCUGAAAUCAUUGUCCUUUAGUUUCGUAGCCGUUGUUAUUCCUUUAGCGUAGUGUUUUGCUUAGUUUUGCCACCGUUUUGUGCGAGAUCGUAGAUCACAACCUUUCAGUUUGACCUCGUUUAGCUUGUGUUUUCUUGUCCUCAUAUGAUAUGACUCUUGACACGAGUCACGUGCUAUUUGUCACGCUUGUUCUUCUUUCGUGACCUAGCAUGAUGUUUCCUAGCGUGUUUUGUUUACUUUUCACAUUUUAGUGUAGUUUUAUUCUCUUAGUUGUAUUGUUUAGCCGUCGUAGUAAUUUUUAGCGUCGUUGUUUCCUUUUAGCGCUAUUGCCCUUUUCAUCGCCCCUUUUCUUUCCCUUUUUGUUGCUUUAUUCGUUUUCCUAGUAUUUGUUUUUUAUUGUAUUUCUUUCCCACUAAUUGGCCAUUAAAUUCUUGUUUGUUUUGUACGCAUUUUGUCUUUCAUUGGUUGUCAUUCGCUACCUCCCCUACUCGCGCGGCUCGGUCACAACAAGGAUGUCAAAAGUAAAAACAUUUUUGAAAUAUGCCUGUCUACUCAAAAGAUAUAGCAUUUUGAAAGUUCAAUUUUCCACCAUUUUGUUACUAAAAAUAGUACAAAAUGGUGGGAAAACGCUAUAUCUUUUGACUGGCUAGGCAUAUUUCAAAAAUGUUUUCACUUUUGACAUCCUUGUGGUGAGUUCUUUGUACCAUAUAUGUGCCAUAUCAUCAUUAUUUUUUACAGGACAAAAUUUUUGGGGAGGCUGGUUCAACAAUAGUGAUAGAGGAAAAGUUAGAAGGAGAGGAGGUUUCUGUAAGUAUUCACAAUGUUGAAUAGUACUGCACACUACAAGAUCAGAAAUUUUGUUUUGUUUUGUUUUUUUUGCUGGGUUUUCAGACCAUUUAGAUACAAGGCUGGUAUACAUGAGACAUGGAAAAGGAAGAAUUAACUCAUUCCUUGCUAAAACAUUGGCUAGUUCCUUUAUACUGUUUUUCAUAUUGCUAGCUUAAUUCUUACAAUUGGGACUGUUUUGUUUUGAUUAUACCUUUGCCAUUUAUUUCAUGGCUGCAUAGUUUGGUAGUUUAAUCAUAAUAAAAUCAGCUAAUAAUAGGCUAACUUAUUGUAGGAUAAGUUUAAGCAGAUUGGUCAGUCAUAGGCAAAGUGUCCACGUAUAGUGUUGCGUGCCUUUUGUAAAAAUGACUAACUUUUUGGAAGCCUUUCUGUGAUCCUUUCUACGCUGUUGACAUGACAAUUACGACUCAUUAUCUAUGUAAAGUGAGAUGCAGUAACCAGCAUAUUUAUCUAGCCAAAACACCAACUAACAACUCCAUACCUGCUCCAUAAAAAUAAACAAAGUAACACAAUAAAACCCUGUGGUAAGUGUAGUACCAGAAAUACCCCUUAUGAGUGUCUGCGACUGCCCAGCUUGACAAUUACUGAAUGCUUUAAAAAAAAUUAUUUCAGGUACUUUGUUUCACUGAUGGUAAAACUGUUGCAGUUAUGCCUCCAGCCCAAGAUCACAAGCGGUUAUUAGACAAUGAUCAAGGACCGAACACUGGUGGGAUGGGUGCAUAUGCACCGUGCCCUCAGGUGAGUCAUGUUCUGCCAUAGGUAAACUCGAUACUAAACAAUUUUCUGCAAAAUUGAAUUAUUCGUAGAUGACAAUUUCUUUAGUUGAAAUGCCUUUUUUGGUGAAAAAUCACCCUGCAAGAUUAGCAACAAGCCUUGAUCCAAAAGUUCACUAUUUUAUUGGAUCAAUACAUUGCUUCAUAAAUGACAGAUGGUUUCUUGAAAUGUCAAACCCCGCUCAAUUAACAGACACCCAUUUAAUACAGACAGUUUGCUUUGUCCAUGGAUUAAACCCUUUCUUACAUAUUAUCUAAAUUUAGACCACUUAAUACAGACCCCCCAUUUUUAUGGACACUUCCUAUGGCCCCUCAUUGUUCUCAAACAGGGUUUGACUGUGUUGAUCCUUAAUAGGUCUAUCAGCCAGUAACAUCACUCCUUCACUUACCUGAUACUUUAUUAGAUUUCCAUGAAACACAAAGAAGAAAUUGCCAGAGAUGUCCUCCAAAAGGCAGUUGAUGGCUUGCGAGAAGAAGGCUGUGCUUUUGUUGGAGUGCUAUUUGCAGGAAUAAUGUUAACAGCCCAAGGACCUAGAGUAUUAGAGUUUAAUUGCCGCUUUGGUGACCCAGGUGAGACAACUUUGCUACCUUGUUACCCAUUUUUAGGUAGUUGAUAUUUACACAUAGGGGGUGUUUAUGGGAGAAUCUUGAUGCGGGUUGUCAGGAACUUGUCAGUUUUUGUUUUGUUACAUUUUUAAGGACAGAUGCCACAAUAGGCCUUUUGCAUAAUUAGUUGAUCACAUGAUCAACUUUCGGUAAACACGAAAACAGUUCACUUUUGAACAAUUUUGCUAGCACGAACUGAAAAAGCAUAUUAAAAUUAGGCAACCUGAAAAUUUUCAGCCCUAUAUCUCAAAAGUAGUGAUUGCAAUGGCCGCCAAAAAUUAGAAGGAUUUGUGUGAGAAAGACAACUCCUGCCACCCAGUCAUGCUUCAGUGGUUUUCCAUACAAAUCCUUGUAAAUUCUAAAAUUUUUAAACUGUUGUUAAACCUUUCCCUUACCCAUUUAAGGACUCAAAUUGCCUGUUUUCAAUUAAAAGGAGAUUUAAUCCCUGUAAUGCUUAAGGAAAUAUUUCACAACAGUUUACAAGGAUUUGUAUGGAAAGCCAUUAAAGCGUGACUGGGUGGCAAAAAAUGUUUUUCCCAGACAAGUCCACUUCCGGUUUAUGUAUCAGGGCCGCCAAUAAGGGCUGGAAGCCAGCCAAAACCACCGGUUAGUUAGCCAUCCUCAGCCAGCUACUUUCAUCUCCCUCUACCAUAACUGCUAAAAAAACUACAAGUAGCUCCAUCGAAUAAAAUUUGUAAAGCAUCUGUUUCCCAGUUUUGAAUGACAUUGAACGCAUAUUUAAACAGGUUUAGAUCUGUGAAACAUUCGAACCGUGCGAUGUUGUGGAACACCUGGGACAUUUCGACGGCAUUCUUCGCAGUCUUGCAUGUAUUCUGACUAAACAACAUUAGUGGAAAAUACCUCUUGAAAACCCCUGGAAAUGGCAUAUUUCAAAAUGCCACUAGAUGCCUCGGCCCUCAAAACCUUGUGCCUUUGGUGGAAGUUCCAAAGCCGCCUACUACUCAUUAUCAGCCUGCUACUUAAAAACUCCUUGACAGGCCUGCAAGGGUACAAAAAGUCCAUGUCUGGUUGAUGUAUGUGCUCAAAAAUGUCUUUGCUCAUCAUAAGCUCCCCGUUAAAUGCAUCACUCAACUUUACUUUAGAAACACAAGUAAUUCUGCCACUGCUGAGGAGUGAUCUAUAUGCAACGUUAAUGGAAUGUGUGAAUGGUGACCUUAGCUUGUCUCUCCCCUCCUGGCACACAGACAGAUUUGCAGUGGGUGUAGUAGCAGCCAGUGGUGGAUAUCCAGGUCCUGUUAAGAAAGGCUGUGUUAUCCAGGGAUUGAAUGAUUUAAUGGUAUGUGUUAGUAUCUGGAAUCAGAAUACAAGUUGAACACCCUCCAAAACAAAUUCAGCUGUCUGCUGCAGACAGAUGACAUCCUUACAGAGUUUAUUGAUAGCUAAUUAAGUGAAGGCAAAAGCAACCUUUGCAGUUAUUAGCCCCUUCACCCCUUCGAGAGCUGUAAAUUUUCUAAUAGGAAAAAAUAACGUGAUGAGUCACAAAAUUUUCUUAGAAUGUUUUUUCAAGUAACUGACAUCUUGGCUUGAUUGUAAGUAAUUGAAACCUUUAUCAACAAAGUCUAGUAUAAUUCUUAAUCAACACAGAUUUAACAAAUGGAUACCAUUAUAGCUAUUUAAAAAUUUACUGCCAUUAAAACAAUUUUUAUGGCUGUGAAGAUGACUUGCUUUUUUUACCAAAAGGGGCAUUUAAGUGAGUCCUUCACAUACAGAAGUAAAGAUGAUUUUUUUAGCAAAAGGUUGCAUUUUUUAAAUUACUUUCUUUGCAAAGGAGGAAGAAAACGUGGUGCUAUUUCAUGCUGGGACAGCUGUUAAGAAAUCUGGCAGUGAUGAGGAUGUGGUAACAUCUGGAGGGAGGGUCAUUGCAGUUGUUGGAAUGGCUCAGACUAUACAUGAUGCUCAGAAAACAGCUUAUCAAAGUAUCAAGAAGAUUACUUUUGAUGGCAUGCAGUACAGAACUGACAUAGCAGCCAGGGCUUGUAGGUAUGCAAAAGUAGGCUGUUAACACUAAACAAGUUUGUAGUUUGAGUGACUUCUGAUGUGUUGUUGGAGGUCUAACAUAUCUAAGGCAUGAGAAAUUUUAACCUCUGUGUUUAAGAAUAUCUGUGUAGUUACAUUUACAUCGAGAAAUCGGCCAACAUUUUGCAAUGCCACCAAUUGUUUUUAUCUGAAAUGACUUCUGGGUAAUGGCGCAUCAUGAGUAUUAAAUUUUUGUGCUCGUUUUACAGAUAUAAUUUUGCAGGGAAACCAUUGGUGUGUUCGCAAAGUGUCAGCUACUUUCUCAGGCCAUGGUGUAAUUCUUAAAUGUAGAGUUUCAAAUAAGAAUCUUCACUGACUUUAGAGCCAACAAGUUCACUCGCGUCUUCCCCACAAAAUUAAGCUAUGGACAAAGUACUGGCUUUAAUAACUCAAUCAUUGUAAUGACUUUGCCGGAAAAAGAAAAGAGAUGUCGCAUUUGAACUUCCUAAGAAACCAGUUCAUAAGCUGAUUGAUUUUUAACCCAACAGGAAAAACGGCCUAACUUAUUCAGAUGCUGGAGUGGAUAUAGAUGCUGGUAACUUGCUGGUGAAUGCUAUCAAGCCCUUGGCUUCAUCAACUGCUCGUACAGGCUGCACAGCAGACUUGGGUGGGUUUGGAGGAUUCUUUGAUCUCAAAGCUGCUGGGUUCAAAGACCCCUUACUUGUCAGUGGCACAGAUGGAGUGGGAACUAAGCUGAAGGUUUUUGACCAGUUAUUGUUACCUUCUCCUCAGAUAUGAGACACUGUCAUAAAGAAUUGUCUUUCUGUAUUGGAUAUAAAUUAUGGUUGGUUGAAAACUGGACUAAAAGAAAAGUAUACAGAAACAAUAAAGUUGUAUUAUUAUUUGAACUUUUUGAGAAACCAGUUAUUUCAUACAUCUUUAGGCAUAAACAAGUUCGAGGAACUUUCUGGCUACUUUAAAGUGCUACUACAACGUAAAUUUUGUGUGUCCUUUACUCUUUGGUUUCUGGAAGACAACUUACUGUUCAGGUAUCAUGCCAUUUUUUAGCCCAAGGCACUACAACAACCUUGAUAGUAGCAAAUGGAGUUUGAUGACCGCUUAUCAAAUGAGUCAAACAAAAUUUCAACAGCAUUUGAGUUAAGUGUGUAAACUACAGAUUUGUUGAUUGCAGGUUGCUCAGUUUGUUGGCCUGCACAGCUCAGUGGGAAUUGAUCUUGUUGCCAUGUGCGUGAAUGACAUCCUCGCCCAUGGUGCUGAACCCCUUUACUUCUUAGACUAUUUUGCUACAGGCAAACUGGAUGUGGGUGUGGCUAAAGAAGUGAUUUGUGGUAUUGCUCAAGGCUGUUCUGCUGCUGGAUGUGCUCUUUUGGGAGGUAAAUAAAUUUUGCGUUUAUGACAAUUUGGUUAAUAGGUUGAAGUCUUGACUCAUGCCACAGCCUGCAUAAAUUUCAUUCUCCCUAGCGUUGUAGGGAGACAAUGCAAGAGAAAAAUACAGAUGUAACACUACUGAAAACUAUUUCUAGAUCUGAUCUCAUUAGGUUGUGGGACCCUACUGAAUGCUCUACCUGUAAAAUCAUGGAGUACAGGAACCAUGAAUGAUGUCACGGCAGAAACAAGUCACAGCCAACAAACUUGAUGGGCACAAUUUUCCCCAUUCAGAAUAUGUGAAAUGUGGUUCACCACAUAACCUUAAGACGAGGAAAAGUUGUUAUUCUAAGUUUAUUUUAUGUGAGGUGUGAUGCAUUGUGUUGUUCCACUGCUUUUAUCACAGGUGAAACGGCUGAAAUGCCGGGAAUGUACUCCUCAGGUGAAUACGAUGUUGCUGGGUUUGCUGUUGGCGCUGUGGAACGUGAUAAGGUUUUGCCUAAAUCCCAAACCAUUACACAAGAUGAUGUUGUAAUUGGCUUAGCCUCUUCUGGUAUUCACAGCAAUGGUUUCAGUUUAGUGAGGCGAAUUAUUGAUGAUUGUGGACUAAACUACACUUCACCUAGUCCAUUCACCACCACUGAAGGUUUACAGUCUGUUACCAGACUUGGUGAAGCUCUUCUUACUCCCACAAGAAUUUACUGUAGGUCUGUACUUCCCCUGAUGCAUAGUGGCAAAAUCAAGGCUUUUGCACAUAUAACAGGUUAGAUUUGCUCAUGUUAUUUUUUUCUCCCUCUUUAGAAUUUUUUCUUGUUUCAUUUGUAUUAUAGAAGCUAUAUUAUAUUAUUGCUAUUAUGAGCACAUCUGAAAUCAAACCUUUGUACGUAUUGCACAGAAGGCUGCGCACUAACCAACAAUGCCAAUCCUUGCUUCUUACUGUCAUUAUUCUGUCAAUCACUCUAAGUCGACUAUACUGUUGUUGCUAUAUUACUGUUGGAUACAAUGCUCCAAAUUGUAAGAGUUUUUUAACACAAGCAUUGUAACCUCUAGUAAGUUCUUGAUACAUGGUAUAGUCCAAAUGGCAUAACCAGGGGCGUUUGAACUUUAUGUUUCCCUUUCCUUUUUCCAGGUGGAGGCUUGAUUGAAAACAUCCCACGAAUCCUUCCCCAUGGAGUUGGAGUAUCAAUAGAUGCUAGAUCAUGGACCAUGCCUCCUGUGUUUGGCUGGAUUUUCGGCCAAGGAAAUGUUCCCGGUAAGGAAAUGGCGAGGACAUUUAACUGUGGUGUUGGCGCAGUUCUUGUUGUUGAAAAAGGAGUUGCUUCGUCUGUUUUGGAGCAAUUAAAGGCAUCCAAUGAACAAACCUGGGUUAUUGGCAGUGUUACUCGGUGCGAGGACAACGGUGAAAAAGUGACAAUAAGUAAUCUUGAAGAAGUGCUUAGUGAGUCUGCAGAGAAGGCUGACAUAAAAGUUCAAGAUGCAAAAAGAACUGUUAAUGGUCCAGUGAAAAGGCCAAAACUAAGCAGUGAGCGAGAAGAAAAUAAAAGCCCACAGAUGAAAGUGGGUGUUCUCAUCUCUGGCUCUGGUACAAAUUUGCAAGCACUGAUUGACCAAAGUUUACGGCAGGACAGUAGUGCCAAGAUUGUACUAGUGAUUUCAAACAUACCUGGGGUUCAGGGUUUGAAACGUGCUGAGGCAGCUGGUAUACCUACUAAAGUAAGUUUAUUCUUGGUUAAGGAGUCCUCUGAGUUAACAGAGGUGUCUCGGUAUCAGUUAUCAAUAGGGACCUUAAGAUGCGACGACAAGGGGAACGUCAAUUCAAAAGAGCAGUAGGUUAAGAUUAGCUUUUGCACGUGCAUCACGCUUUUUUGUACAUUUCGUUGCCGUCACAGCACGACUACCACCUGAAAAUGCCUAUUUUCACGUUUUAGGGAGGACGUAAACAAGCUGCUACGAAAUUUUCUUUCUCUUUCUAAAAUUGGAUAUGGUUGUUAGGAAUUCAACUCUAGGAGUGUUCGCCUACAUUUGACAAAGUGAGUUAGUUGAAACUGUCGCGAUGACGAUUGAAUGAACGGGAAUUCACUUUUUAGGCGAUGUUUUUUCUGCCGUCGCCGUCCUCGGAUCUCAGUAAGGUCCCUACUGACAUCACCAUCAGGUUUUCUAUUAAGACUGUUAGGUGAGUUUUAGAGGAACUCACUUUCUUAAAGGGCCUUUUUCACCUUAAGGUCUUCCACUUUGUCAUAUUAAAACGGUUACGUGACAAGUGAGGAAUUAGUAACAGUUAGGUAACUUCACUGUCAAAGUCAGUGGUAUAUUUUCCUUAGCCUUAGUAAUAGGUAUGACAGGUGAAUGAAGUUACGUGACUUGCAAAUAGCCUACUGGUGUUCUUUUGCCAGUGGGGAUUUUUAUUACUUACUAUUACCUGGGUGGCUCUUCCACUGAGAGGUCAUCAUCCAUGCGUUGUUGCCGGGAAACCUGAAGUAAAAUUUCUGUUCUGUUCUGUUCUGUUCUAUACAAUUUUUCUUCCAGGUAAUCAAACACAAGGAUUUUAAAAGCCGUUUGGAUUUUGACAUGGCAGUACAUGCAGCUCUAGAAGAGGCCGGUGUGGAACUGGUUUGUUUGGCAGGAUUCAUGAGAAUAGUGACUGGAGAGUUUGUUCGCAAAUGGAAUGGCCGACUACUAAAUAUCCACCCAUCUUUGCUGCCUUCGUUCAAAGGAAUGCAUGCACACAAGAUGGUACUGGAGGCUGGAGUUUGUAUAUCAGGCUGCACCGUUCAUUUUGUUGCGGUAAGACGUAGAUUGGUCUUACAAAGAUUUUGAAGGCUCGCUUAGCAGUGUCUCUUUCGCCUGGAGACCGAAGGACAUUUAGUAGGUCAACUGGAGGUUUCUCAUUGCUCCUUUUCUUGCCUGUUGCGAUUUGAGAAUUGACGCCUCUCGAUUAAUAGUUUGAAAACCGCUGCUAAGAUUUUUUUUAAUGACGAUUUGCUAUGGAGUCGUAUCGCAGCAGUUUUGUUGCAUUUUGUUUUUGUAUUUUAUAGGAAGAAGUUGAUGCGGGUGCAAUAGUGACACAAGAAGCUGUUCCUGUACUGAACGGUGACACAGUGGAGACACUACAGGAGCGGGUAAAAUGUGCAGAACAUAGGGCGUACCCUCGAGCAAUGGAACUGCUGGCAAGUGGACGAAUUAAACUGAAUGAGGAGAACAAAGUACAGUGGAUGUGGUGACAAUGACAUAAAAGGAAACAUUGACGCUGUAACUCGCCUUAACCACAGCAUGCGCUAUGGUUAAUAAAUAGUUAAACGAAGCAACCAACGCAACGUCGCCGAGGACGAAAAUAUAAUUCACUUUUUAGUGACGAUUUCAUCGCCGUCGCUGUUGGGGUUGCUUAAUCUCCAGAAUCUCCCCAUACUAGGAAAAAGUUCCACCUUUAAGUUUAUCGGUCACAGUGUCAAAUAAUGUGGAGACACUGCAAAGUACGCGUGUUAACGUAGCCGUGGACGUUUGGUUAGACUCAAGUGUAAAUGAAACGCGUAAAACAUCUGUCGCUCUUUCCUUGAACAACGACAGUACUCUUUGUGGUACAUACGAAUAGUAGGUACUGUAGUUUUUUUUUUAAUAUAGAUGUCCCUAAGAAACGGGAGGAACUCAUAAAAGCUUUCGCGUGCAAGUGCGUAUAAUUUUCAGACUAGUGCGCCUGUGCUGACUGUAAGCUAUAUAAAGAAGGGGGUCACAUGUUUAUCACAGUGGAUAAACUGCCAAUGUUUGUGCCUAUAUAUUGUGUACAAG